AUGAUACCUGGAGAAGCGGCUGCAGCGCAACACCUACACCAGUUGCAGCAGCACUACUUCGGCCCUCCGAACGAGUUUAGCUAUGUGACUGAUCAAGGCGGAUAUGACGUUCGAUACGGCUACUGGCCUCAGAGGACGCCUGUUCCGCGGGGAAAUCAGUCGUGGGGCAUGAGUGGAUGGUACGGGGGACAGUACCCUCCACCCUUUUCUUCGUACCCCGUCUUUGAAGGGGAUCCGGAGCCGCAGGCAGCUCCGGAACAGGCGGCCAGUUCUUCGACGGCCGCGACGCGAUCAGCGGCACCCCCAACGAGCUCCCCGGGACGCCUGGGAUCUCUACUACCUGAUCUUCCCGAAGGCGAUGAAGCAGACGAUCCUUGGCGCGAGGCAGCGCGACGGCCUCCGGAACUACCCCAUCCGACGAUGCGUAGCCGGAUGGCACCUACAGAGACCGCCGGUUUUCCUGGAGGAUUGCAGCAGCCACCUGGGCUCACUAUGCCCUGGGGUCCUGUGCCCGGGGCAGCGUGGAACAGCUUUGGGCCCAACUUGGCUCCUCCGAUGUGGAAUGGGCCGGCGGCGCCGUGGAGUCAGACGGCGCAUGGAGGUCCAGACGGCAACGGGCCUCCCGGUGUAUGGAAAGGAGAGUUUUCCGACCCUCCGGCAUGGCCAGGCUGGCAGUAUCGGAGACAGUGGGUGACAGCAGUUCGGAGAUGGAAUAAAGCCUCCGACAUCCCCGUGGGAAGAAGAGCCGAGCGAGUGCUACGGGUUCUUGGAUGGGAGAUGGCCACGGAGUUCGAGCACCUGUCCGAGAGCCAGUUGGCGGCGCACGACUACCUGGAGCGGAUCGUCGGCGUCAUCGAGAUGAAGGCCGGAGCGCGAGAGGACGAUGAUCGUCGCGCGUGCUUUAAAGCGGUGCUCCAUGACAACGGGAGGCGAAGGGAUGAGUCCUUGGGACAGUUCGCCAAUCGGCGUCUCAGGGACUUCACUCGCGCCUCCUCCUACGGCAUCCAGCUUCCGAAUGAGUUCAAGGCAGCGCUGUUAAGAGAAGGAGCCGGGCUGAGCGAGCAGGGACUCCAGAACCUCACCGCGUUGACGCAGGGCCAAGACCAUGACAUAGACAAGCUGGCACACACGCUGGCCCGCAUGGACGUGAGGAGCGAUCGCAUCUCCGGCUUCGUUCAGAGCGGCGAGCGCGGCACCGAGAGCUCCCUCAUGGCGGGCGACUUCUUCGAGGACCAAGAUGACGAGAACGAGCCUAACGACGAGGACGACGGCAGCUCCUUAGAGGAUGAGGAGGUGCUGUGCGAGCUCUCUGACAUGAACUUCACGGAGGAGCAGGCGGCCCUGGUGUUCGCGAUCAUGGAGAACCGGCCUCCGAGACCGCGAAGGACGUGGAAGGAGAACAAGAAGUUCAAGCAGGACAUCCGGAAGGACCGUCGAGGCUUCGUCAAAGGUGAUAAUGAAGUACGUGGAGCAGCCCCUCGUGCCGCUUCCAGGCCGACCAACCGAGGGGGAAUCUCGCGAGAACAGCUCAAGAAGAUCUCUCGUUGCAACAACUGCGGCCGCCGAGGACAUUGGGCCGAGGACUGCCGCCAGGGAGGAGGCAAUCCCCGACCGACAGCGACAGACGGCGGUGACAAAAUGAGCGGCUUCUGCUACCUGGGAGGAUCCCUCAAGGGUGCCUCGAGCGGCCAUGGCUCCCACUUCACCUUCAUGACCUACGUGACGUCGCAGAAGGACAAUCUGUUUCCGGAGGCGUCCUUCAACUUCUUAGCCAUACCAAGCGGUAUGGCUAUACUCGACAUAGGAGCAACCCAAGACUUGAUUGGGAGGUCAGCCUACGAGUCGUUGGAAAGGGAGUUGAGUCGUCACGGGCUUCGUGCUCUAGAAGUACCAACUACGGCGUCAUCGCCGACCGGCAUAGGAGGAGCUGCCCGGGUACUCAAAACUGCCCUUGUUCCGAUUUCACCAGGCGGGGCACCGGGCGUCAUUCAAUUUCUGGUCAUCGACGGCGAGGUCCCUCCCCUUCUCAGCGUUGGUUUCCUAGAGCACUUGGGAUGUACAUUGGAUCUCACCACGAAUCAGGUGAAGUUCAAGAACAUCGAUGUCAACAUGUGCAUGACGAGUCUGCCCAGCGGACAUCGAGCAAUUCCGCUUGUACAGUGGAAAGGUGGCUCAUUUCCAGUGCCUCCGGCAGCGAGGGAACAGUUUGGACUAGGCGAGGAUGCAUUCGCCAAGGAGUGUGCCGCCUCCUCCGCGUACAUGAAACAGGGGUUCGAGGGACUUUGUCAUGUUCACGUCGGGUCCACGAGUGUCUUCGAAGUCACAGAGCAUGCUCAAUUGUCCUCAUGGGCAACUGUUCUACGCGACGUAGAUCCCAAUUCGAAUCCCCAGCCGCUGGCGACAAUGGACCACCCAUCUCGAGCGAUGGAGCCAGCUGCGGGAGAGAGGUGCGACCGGGUGACGCGAAUGUGGCGCGCCAUCGUACUGAGGAUGUUCUACACUCUAGAGUCAAUCCGAGCGGGAUACUCCCGACUGGCGGCGGCGGAGACCCACCAGAAAAGCAUCCUGUCCGAGCGCAAGAAGUUCCUCACGGCGGACGCUCAGGUUAUCGUACCAGCCCCACCGAGUCCAGCCGAAGGGGAAAGCCAAGGCGAGAGGCCGCCCGAGGAGACCAUCCCAGCCGAGCUGGGCGCGACAGAUGCUAACAAUGAUGCAGCGGUACGAGACCCCCCGAACUUCGACAACAUGUCCCUGGAGCAGAUCUCGGAGCUCGCCGAAAGGAACGCGGACAUCGCGAUGGAGGCUGCAGACGACGAGUACUGGCCCCGAUGGAUGACGGUGCCGGUGAUUUCGCUGAGCUCCACUCUCGUCUCCUGGACGCAGCUGCAGGAAGGUUGGCAAACCAAGAUGCUGGCCUGUGGAGGAGAUCAGGAGUGCUGGAUGAUUCACCACUCUCUUCCGACAGCCCCCGGAGUGCCACGACGAGCGAAUUCUGAGUGCCCUUCCUGGUUGCGGACACCAUGGACAAUGGAAAUAUCCGGGCGGCUCCCGGAUGAGUACGAGGUGAAAUGGCAUGAGCUGCGGCGAGGGCGAGAAGUACUUCAACGAGGUGCAGGAGAUCUUCCCGACGAGGCGGAUGCCGAGCUGAAUGACGAGACCGAGGUCAUCAGGUGGGGCGUGCCCCGCCGAAUGGGCACCGUCCUCGCUGCACUCGAUGUCAGUCUGAAUCCUCGCGGCUUUGACGAGGAAGGUCACGAGUCAACCACCGGGCCCUACUGGCUUGUUCGAGCGCCCGGUCUUCGCGAUAUCAUCGAGGACCAGGACGAGGUUGCGGCAGCGAGCCGCAAGGAGGACAAGAUGGCCGAGUCCUCUCUUCUGAGUAUGACACGACAGCAGCGACGAGAGUCGUUGGCCUCGGCGGUGGACUAUGUCGAGGACAAGAGUCACCGGCAGCGCUUCCGCAAGUACUUGAAGAGCCAGCGCCCCAUAACCGUCGCUCUCAACCUUCUCUCGGGGUUCAAGACGGGAGCUACCGAAACCACAAGCACAACUCUGAGAUCGAAGACCAGCACUUCGGAGGCUUCUGCGGCAACCGGUGCCGGCUCCGUGGUUAGUGACGGAAGUACCGAAACCGCAAGCACAACGAGAUCGAAGACGAGCACUUCGGAGGGGUCAUCUAUGGACAAUGCCAGGAGUCAGUUGGCGGUCGGUUUUGCUUUAGAGAUCGUUCAGGAGCAGGUCAGUCAUCAUCGCGUCUUCUACAUGCAGGCAGCGAGUGACUCAUACCUCUGGACGUGUAGUAAGUGGAAUGAUCUGAUGCUCGGAUCGGACAUUGUCAUCGUCACCGACUUUCAUUCAGGAAUCCGUGAGGCAACAAAUUCCCAAUGGUCACAGCCACUACCACCUCGUCCACUCGAGGCUGAGCGUUCCAGUGCUUCAUGGUUCCUGGGCGACGAGUGGGAAAAUAUGAGCGAAGGGGAGAAGUUCGCGUACCACCUGCGCCAGCGAGGAGACUUCUCUUUUCCCUCGUGUCUGAAACUACUGAGGCUCACCGACUGGCCAAGGCAGAGAGUCAGAAGGGGCAGCAUCCGAGAUCCUAGCGACUACCAAGUGCUUGGCCAAUACACCUACGGCAAGUUCGCUGGCAUGACGCUCGGGACCUACAAGCUUCGUCACACCACCCAGUACUUGAAUGACUUCAUGACCAGGCAUGGCGCGGACGGACCCAGAUCCUCUAUCUCGGUUACGAGAAACGCUACGGUACGUCCCCAUCGUGAUCUUCACAACCUUGGCGACAACUACACCAUUGCAAUUGGUCCAUUCAAAGGUGGAGAGCUGUGGUUGGCUGACGAGGCAGGACAAGUACCCAAGGAAGUUCGGCCAGGUGUGCGGCUGCCCGGAAACGUUCUCAAGCAUCGCGAGCGCAUGAAUGUCUUUGAUCCCAAGCGGUACCACUCUGUGAACGACUGGGAAGGGGAAAGAUGGUCGAUCACUGCCUUCCAAACCAGGUCCAGUGCCCAGCUCAGCAUCGAUCAAGCCAAGUAUCUCGAGAGCUACGGGUUCAGUCUACAAGGAUAUCGAGGCUCACCACUACGGCCUCAAGGACAAGUUGAUGCCCUGUGCUGUCUCGCCACGAUGGAAGCUGUGGGAGUAGCCAAGCUGACCUCCUACCCGGCGAGCACCUCGGCGGACGCCAUCGCGCAGGAGCCAGAGGAGCAAUCAAGGGAACCGGAGGACGAGGUCAAGGAGCCCGCAAAAGAUGGUGAACAAAGUUCACAUCAAUACCGGACACCCGCCGAAGGACCAGAUCAUCAUCGCAGAGCACAAUGCCCCCGAGUACACGGUUUCAAUCGCGUGCUGAGCAUCGACGUGUUCUACAUACCUUUCCGGGGAGAGAGCGUUCCAAUCCUCAAUGUAGUCGACCACGGCACGAACUUCCAGAUGGCACAAAGGAUCGUGGGCUCGGGAGCACGCACUCCGAGUGCCGCGGCGACUUGGAAAGCCUUCUGCACCACCUGGGUCAGAUUCAUGGGUCCUCCCAGUCUCAUCAUCACGGAUGGAGGCAAGGAGUUCCAGCAGCGCUUCGAACGCGGAAUUGAGCAAAUGGGAACGCUGCACCACAUCACGGCUCCGGAAUCGCCGUGGCAAAACAGUCGUGCGGAAAGGCACGGAGGCUGGCUCAAACAGCGAUUGACCCAAGAAUUAGACUCAGGUCGCGGUAUCGCGGAGAACCUCGACGACGUCGAUGAACUCAUCUCUGCGGUGGUCUCAGCGAAAAACAGGUGGUACAAUGCCGGUGGCUACACACCGGUGCAACUAGUAUUCGGGGAAAUGCCCCGGAUACCAGGAGACUUGUUGAGCCAAGACAACCUGGGGCAGUUGACGAGGAAGGUGAUCUCCGGCAACAACGCGGGGGCGGUGGACGUCGCUCGAGAAGGGCCACCCGCCGAGGCGAGGGCGCACCGUCUUCAGGACUACCUCAACCACUUCAAGCUCCCCAAGAAGUUCCGGCAGUCCCAGAAGGCAUCCUUCCUCGAAACGACCAGGAGGUCUUCCGUGCAAGAGCCCGCCCAGGAGCCAGAGGUUGCGGUCGCCGGGGAGAUUGAGUCCGGAGGUAAUCAAGCCGUCCCGAACGACGCGAACGCACAGGAGCCGGAGGCCAAACAUCGGAGAACGACGAGUCGAGAGGCAUCUCCAAGCGGACGAGCUCCUGGUACUCCUAUCCAGCGACUACUACAAGCAGUGGACCGAGGGAGGCCGGCUCGCUCCACGAGCCAAAGCGUGACAGACACAAACGCCACGAGACACUCCCGAUCCAGAUCACCCGAGCGCGGGGCAUCCUCACGAGAAGGGGAUCUCAACCUAUGGACUCUGGAGCAGGACGGCGAUUGGACUCUGGUGGCGAGCAGGAGCGACGAGGUGGACAUCCGCAAGAUGUCCAAGGAGGAGCGAGAUCUCUUCGAUGCUAGCGACAAGGUUGAGUGGAAGGCCAUUCUGGACACGAAAGCUGUCCGCGUUGCCACAGGUGCUGAGGCUGAGAAGAUUCGUCGAGAAUACCCCGACAGGAUCCUGGAUUCCAGAAUGGUCCGGAGGAGAAAGCCUCAGCCGGGAGUCGGAAAGUGGAAAGCGAAGUCACGCUGGUGUAUCGCCGGCCACAAGGAUCCAGACACUGCCUCCCUACAAACGUUCAGCCCGACGCCAGCUACGGAGAGCAUCCUCGCCUUCUUGCAGACGGGGAUCAACCUGGGUCAUCGUUUCUCCUUCUCAGACGUUCGCAACGCGUUUUGCCAGUCCAACAAGCUCAGACGACCAGCCGGGCCCAUCUUCGCCAGGCCUUGCGAGGGUUUAGGGCUGGGAUCGCUGGACGUCAUCGUCAUUGAGGUUCCAGUCUACGGAUUGGAUGACGCUCCGGCGGCAUGGCGGGCAACAGUGACUGGAUUUCUACGGGAGCAAGGAUUCCAGAGGAACGUCAUAGAGCCUUGCUGGUGGAUGAGGUUCAAUGAGGACGGCAAGAACGAGGCCCAGGUGCUCAUCGAGGUCGACGACUUCAUCAUCAGCGCGAUGGACAAGAUCAAGGCCAAGAUCCGAAAGAUGUUCGAGCAGCGUUUCACUUUCGGCAAAUGGGAGGACGACGAGGCAGAGUACGCCGGCCGGCAGAUCCGAGUGUUAGGCGACCGCAUCCUGGUAGACCAGCAGAAGUAUAUCACCGAGCAGAUACAACCAGUCAUGCUCAACAAAGGACGGCGCUCGGAGAAGGAGUCACCCUUGACCGACGAGGAGUUCGCCGCAUUCAGGUCGGCGAUCUACAAGGUCAACUGGGUCGCCAAGGAGAGCAGACCGGAGGUGGCAGGAAUGGCAUCCAUACUGGCAAGCAAGCUGAAGAACGCUACGAUUGAGGACGUGCUCACCCUCAACAAGAACGUGAACUACUUGCGGAACACCGCCUCUCGCCCCAUGACGAUCUGGAAGAUGUCUCCACGGGAGAUGUCAUUCGUGGUGAUCUCUGAUGCUGGAGGGAUUGGAGCCAAGCACGACACCGUAGAUGAGAUCGGGCUUCCAGCUGACAGCACGCAGGGGGCAUGGCUGGUGUUCGCUGCGGAGACGCUGCCGGUUGGAGAUGCUAAAGUCAAAGCAACGCCACUUUCCUGGCGGAGCAGCAAGCUGAAGCGGAAGGUCUUCUCCACGUUCGGCGGGGAAACUCAAGCGAUGCUGCAAGGCAUCGCUGAAGCGGAUUGGUUGCAGGUGAUGAUUCGCGACGCUGUCUACCACGACAUCGAGCUCAACGAAUGGAGGAACUGCCUGAGUCCCCACAUGCUAGUGAUGAAGGGAGACUACAAAGCACCUCACCGUCAGCCCCAGUGUUCAGUUGCGGAUGCCAAAAGUCUGUACGACUGCGUGUUGAAGGAGCACCCCCAGGGAAGACAAGAUCGCAGAAGCUCCUUGGAACUCGCGAUCAUAGUUCGGGAUCUGCAAGAGACUCGCUCUAUGGUGAGAUGGGUUCCCCACCAGAAGAUGGUGGCCGACGCGCUGACGAAGUCAGAUCCGAUGAAAGCCAACGGGGCCCUGGACCAGUUCCUGAGAAGUGGUCGACUGAGCCUGGUUGAUGUAGAGUGUGAGCUGAAGCAUCGGGCUGAAGACCCGAACUUCAGGUCCAGGAGCCAUGCGGCUUCAGUAGCUCGUCUUUCAAGAGAAUACGAGGAGCAGGGCUUUAGCUUCUGGUCAACCUUAAUUUGGGGGGACUGUGACAAUCAAGCGAUCGGUGUUGUUAAACUCUAUUGA